AUGAUUCAUGGUAAAGUGCAAGUCAUGUCUUCCUUGUUUUCAGCCAACCCUCAAAUACCCACUUCUUACAAAAAAAAGAGUGUUCAAUCGGGAAAUCGUGAUGCAAGUAACGCACCCAUGGUGGACUCAAGUAACUUUGCUGGUAUUGGCAUCAAUUCAGAUCUGGCUGAUCAUUUAUCUACAAAGCUUAAUGUCACUGCUCCUACUAAUGUACAGGCAAAAGCAAUUCCUGUCUUACUUGGACCUUCCGCCACAGUUCAACAGACCUUGAUUGAUACCACAGAUGAUAUUGAUGUUGUAGUCCAAGCCCAGACAGGCUCAGGAAAGACCUUGACUUAUCUGUUACCCAUCAUCAAUCGACUCGUAGAGGCGUCUACAGCACCCAAGGAUGCUAUCAAACCAGAAGAUCAACCAUUUGGUGAUCGUGCUAUCGGAACAGUUGCGAUUAUUUUGACACCUACUAGAGAGCUCGCUCAACAAGUACUCGGCGUCUUGACUCAGCUAGUCAAUCUUCCCAGACCAAAAGAUGAACAUUUACGUCGACUCCAUUGGAUUGUGCCCGGUAUUGUCAUUGGAGGUGAUUCAAAGGCCAAGGAGAAGGCUCGGUUAAGAAAGGGUGUCAACAUUUUAGUAAGCACACCUGGUCGAUUGUUGGAUCAUUUGGAAAACACAAAGAGUUUUGAUAUUCGCAAUUUGAAAUGGCUCGUUUUGGAUGAAGCAGAUCGUUUAUUGGAUCUCGGCUUUGAAGAGACGCUCAAGAAGAUUAUGGGCAUCAUCACUGAACGUACAAAAGCUGGAUGUUCUCCCAAGUACAAGGCAGUGAUGGCUUCCAAAUACUGGCCAAAGAGACGACAGACAAUCUUGUGUUCAGCUACUUUGAGAGAUGAUGUGAAACAGCUAGCAGGCUCGUCCUUGGUGAAUCCUGCGUUUAUAAGUGGUACUGAUGCCAAGAAGGAUGGAUUAAAAUUACUGAAUACAACAGACAUGGAUGUGGAUGAACAUAACGAAGCAGAAGAGAUGAAGUUUACGACGCCAAAUCAGUUGAAGCAAACUUAUACCAUUGUACCUGCAAAGUUACGACUUGUUACCUUAUUAGCUCUUCUUAGAUCCUGCUUUUAUGAUACAAAGACCAAAAAACAGAAAGGAUGUAAAGUGAUUGUUUUCUUUUCCUGCUGUGAUUCUGUUGACUUCCACUAUGAUCUGUUUGCAAAGGCUGGUAAGCCUGUCAUGGAUGAAGAGUCUGAUGCUGAAGAAGAAGAAGAAGGAGAUACAGAGGCGACCAACAGCAAAACAAAGAGACAUAAGAAGAGCAAGAACGGUCCAGAGCCAAUUUAUCAAGUCAGCACAAUUCUUGGCGAGAAGGCAGUGUUUCGUCUCCAUGGUGAACUAGGCCAACAGGUUCGUUCUGAAACGUUUUCUGAAUUCAGCAAGGCUAAAGCCGGUGUUUUGUUCUGUACUGACGUUGCUGCUCGUGGUCUGGAUUUACCCAACGUUGAUCACAUUGUCCAGUAUGAUGCGCCUACAGAUCUUAAAGACUACGUUCAUCGUGCAGGUCGUACGGCUCGUUUGGGUAGAAUAGGUGAAGCAACCUUGUUUUUGCUGCCUAGUGAAAUGGAGUAUUUGGACAUCUUGAAAGCGCAGGACUUGAAUCUUGAGUCUGUGCCCAUGGAAUCCAUCUUGAAGAACCUUGCUGAACACAAAGAUGAUUUUCAGACACCGGCACAGCAGUUACAAAAUACUAUGGAAAGUUAUGUUUUAGCCGAUGCAGAUCAUGUGGUAUUAGCUCGUAAGGCAUUCUGGUCAACUUGUCGUGCCUAUGCCACACACCCAGCAUCAGAAAAGCACAUCUUUCAUAUCAAGAAACUGCAUUUGGGCCACUUGGCCAAGUCUUUUGCAUUAAGAGAAGCACCUUCGAACAUCAUUGACAGUAUAAAGGAUAAGAAAAAGAAGGAAAAGAAUCCACGUGUACAAGUAAAGAAGACUGAAGGAAAGCCAAGGGGCAAGGUGAAUAGAAAAGUUCCUAUAAAAAGAAAUUUUGAUCAAUCAGAAGAAUUUGCUAUUGCUUCUGCAUCAAGUCUGAAAGAUGGCCCUACUACCAAGAAGAGAAAGAAGAAUAACAAUAAAAAAUAG